AUGGAAGGGUUGAUGGAUGAUAUGAGCACAGGCAAGGACACGGGAAUUGACUUGAAUGUUGGUUUAGAUUGGGGAAUGGAUUAUGGAGAUGAUACCGGUGGUGUUAGAGAUAGUGACGAUAUGGAGGACAAUGUCGACACCAGCGAUAGUGAUUCUGAGGAUGAUAAUAACACUAACUUUGGUGAUGAUGAUAAAGAGAACAUCUCAGAUGAGCAUUUGCACAGCUUCGAAACACAGCCACACAGCUCAGAUGCACCUCUACACAAAGAUGCUGCAAAUCCAGCCAUGGCUCCACCGUACUCGAGUAUGUAUGACUGGACCUUGCUUGAUAAAGUCGGGAAUGGUAAGCCAUAUUCUAAAUGGGAGUCGGAUGAUGUUGUGGGUUAUGAGUUUGAAACCCUUGUGGAGGCUGCCAAGUUCUAUUCAACUUAUGGUUGUGCCAUUGGAUUCAGCGUACGAAAGAACACUCACACAUAUUCAAAAUAUGGAGUUAAAAAUAUGCAGCGAUGGGUUUGCUCACGCGAGGGGGAGCGUCAACCACUGCACAAUGACAAGGAGAACAGAAAGCGUGAACCUAGGCCUGUAACAAGGCUCCAUUGUCCGACAGCUUUCAAAGUCAGUUUUGUUGAAGCAACUAACCGAUUCAAGGUGAAGCAGUUUGUACCAACACAUUUUCAUCACUUAGCUGGAGCACAUGAAGUGCGGUUUUUGAGUUCUCAUCGCAAGGUAGAUGACGCACGUAAGGCUCAGAUUCGAUCACUUAGGGCUGCUGGUAUUCGCACCAAUCAAAUAAUGGAUUAUCUAGUGAAUUGUGCGAGAAGCUUUCACUAA